AUGGUAAGUGCUUAGUAAGUGCUAAAACACAAGGACGCUAUAUAAACAGCGUCUGCGAUGUGUGCUGGUCACAUUUGGGUUUGCCCUCAUUGCACAGUGGUCUCAUUUUUAUAUAGUUAGUACUUCUUUAGUCAUACUGUUGCUGGAUCUUCCAAGACUUUUUCUUCCUUACACUUUUUGAUUUUCUCACUAUGGCGGAUGCUAUCCAGUCGCCAUCCAGGCCUCAAUAUUGUCAUGAUGUAUCUUGGAAUCCCCUGAGCUACAGAUGGCCUAGUGUAAUCUUUAAUCAACAUUAUGGCCUGCCUCCGUUAUUGCACCCUCAAGACCUCAGCUGGAUGGAAGGCAUCUUCAGAAGGCUGGGGACAUCAUCUUGGCCCGGGUACUUGCGCACACCCGUGUUCACUUCCUUUACUCAGGCCCCAGGACAGCCCAUGUCUAAGCUGCAGAGGGAGAUGAGUGGAGGGGUGUCAGAAGAGGUUGGUGAGAUGUGCAAGUGGAAAAUUAGCUUGGAUGUCAAUCACUUCGCUCCCUCGGAGAUCACGGUCAAAAUACAGGAUGGAUUUUUGGUAAUUGCAGGAAAGCAUGAGGAAAGACAAGAUGAGCACGGCUACAUUGCUAGAUGUUUCACAAGAAAAUACACACUUCCAGGUGGUGUGGAUGCUGAAAAUCUCCAGUCGCGUCUGUCCGCAGAUGGGAUCCUUACAGUGGAGACACCAUUACCCAGCAUUCCCCUCCCUGCUGAUGUCAAUAUCCCCAUCCAGGUGGAGGAAACUGUUGGAGGAAAACAAGAAGAUGCUGAUGAGCCUCAAGUUGAAGCAGAAGCUAAACCGGAAUCAUUUGAAGGAGAACCGCCUGAACCCUCAGUCUCAUCUGAGCUUCCUGAGGGUGAACAGAUCACCGAACAAGACCAGCAGACUGUACCAGAUGUAGAUCCUUCUAGUGAACCACAACCCCAGUCCAUCUCAGAAGCUGCACCAGGUACCACUGAGUCUGAAAGCGAGCAGGUCGGUGAACCAGGAGAGGAGGACAAAGAAGGUGCAUUUCAAGAGGCGGUUGAAGGCACCGAGCAAGAUGGAGAGGAAGUCCGUGAGUCUGCAGACAAGCCUCAGGCUCCAGAGAUUCCAGACACCAUUACCUCCGAGCAAGGAGAGCAGGCAGAGGUCACGCAGCUUCCAGAACUGGAAGGUGAAGAAGGACAUGCAGACCCUGCUGUGACAGAAGAUGAGCAAUCAACCUUCGGGCAAACCCAGGAGGUGUUCGAGCCUCAGCAGGUGCUUCAGAAGGAAAUGGAUGUAGGCAAAAUGUAAGCUACAAGAUAACGACAUCCCAGCUCUUUCCUUAGCCUCUUAAUUCCCAUAAAUAUUUUCGAAUUUACUGUAACAAUGCAUCUUCUUAGCACUAAUAAAGACCUGAGCAAGAAUGUGUGAAGCUUCUUGUUGUGCUUUAAAAUAACAAGAGCAAUUAAUCAGAAAAAGCUGAGAAAUGUUCCAGUUGAAGGUGACAGACGGAGAUCUGUCAGUGUGGCACUAUAGUUAACUUCUUGUCAUGCUUGUAGAUAAUUUUAUAUGAAUCUUUUAUGCUGUGAAUACAUUGCAUCCCUUGAGUUCUAGCAAAUGUUGUGUAAUUCUCAUCAUAACUCGGAUGGUUAUGAUGCCAGCGCCUCUUGAGCAUGGUUAUGAUCGUGAUUCAUUAACCUCAAAAUUAGAUAACUAGAGAACGCAAAUCGAUUUGACGAGAAAAAUCCAAUGGGCAAACACAUCAGUUAAUCAGCAAUGGAGUACCGUUUUCUUCAAUAUUUUCUCGUCGAGGAGAUUGAAAGCGAGCCAAAGCAUUCAGAAUAAUCUCCACACUAAUCUGUCACCCAAUUACCACCAAACUGUGCAGAGACAACUCCCAUGGAGUCACUCCUAUAAGCACACAGCCAAUCUGCCAGGCCAACUCCCA